UUAAAAACUAAAAAGAAAGAAACAGAGAGAGAUUCUGAGUAAGGUAUGACAUUGACAGACUUCAUUAACUCUCUUUCAAGAACCAAAAAUCUCCAUUAAAACCCUAAACUUGAAUCAAUCCACACAACCAGCAGCAACAAAAGAUUGUUUGAAUUUGAAAGUAACCCUAAACUUUCAAAGAGGUUAGUAACAUCAUCUCCAUUUUCAAUCAAUUUCAUAUUAGGGAUUAUGAGAAUUACACUUAUUGUUGUUGGUAGGGUAAAAGACAACUGAUUCAUGUUGUUUUUGUUGUUGUUACAUAUGGUUGAUCGUAAUUCCACUGGAGAAAUGGCUCCAAAGAAGCAGCAGCUUCCAAAUAAGGAGGUUGAUAAGCAAAAUUGUACCACCAUUGAACAAGUUAUAACCUUAUCAGAUGAUGAGAAUCAAGAUGUUGAACAUCUAAAGAAUUUGAAGUCGAAACUGAGAAAGGAAAUCGAAAUACUCAAGGAGCAAAAGAUGAUGUUGGGUAAGACUACUCAACUAUUUCACAGGCAAUUGGCAAUGGAAGUGGAGCCGAAUUAUUACUCGCUAAGGGAAGAAAAUGUUUUACUUAAGGCAGAGAAUCGGAGACUCAGAAAUGGUGUUAAAGCGCUGAAUGAAGAGAAGGAUGAAUUGGAAAGGGAUGCGGAUUUGCUCUGUAAGGAGAUUGAUAAACUGGGGUGUGAACUUGAAAUGUUUCGCAAAGAAAAGUCUGCGUUGGAAAUUGAUUUAGAAUUGCUUAACAAGAACAGGGGGGAAUUGGUGAAUGAUCUUGAUUCGCUAAAGGUAGAGAAGGAUGAAUUGGAAAGGGAUUCUGACUUCCUCUGUAAGGAGAAUGAUAAAAUGGGAUGUGAAAUUAACAAACUUCGCAAAGAAAAGUCGGAAGUGGAAGUUGAUCUAGAGUGUCUCAACAAACAAAGGGAGAUAUUGGUGAAUGAUCUUGAUUCACAAAACGGAGAUAAGGCUAUAAUUGGUGAUGAGAAGGUGGAACUCAGAAGAGAUAUUGAAUCACUCACAAAGAGGAAGGGUGAAAUCGAAUCGCUAAACAGUGAGAAGACUCAACUAGGAGCUGAGACUGAGUUACUUAACAAGGGCAAGACGAAAUUGCAAAGUGAUGUUGAAAUUCUCAACAAAGAAGAGUCUACAGUACAAGGUGAUAUUCAUUCGCUCAAUGAAAAGAAGACUAUUUUGGAAAGUGAAAUUGACUCGAUUCGCAAUGAGAAGACUAACUUGGGAAAUGAGACCGAGUUGCUCAACAAGGAGAAGAGGAAAUUGCAAACAAUGCAAAAUGAGAUUGAGUUUUUCAACGAGGAGAAGAUGAAACUGCGAAAUGAUUUUAAAUUUCUCAACCAAGAGAAAGCUAAACUAGGAAUGGAUGUUUUGCUGCUCAAGAAGGGAAAGUCUGACGUGGAAACUGAUCUUGAAUUCCUCCAAGAUAUGAAGAAUAAACUGCAUAGUGAUAUUGAAUCUUUGAACAGAGCGAAGGCAACAUUUGGGAUCGAUUUUGAACUCUCCAACAAAGAGAAGGAUAAGUUGCACAGUGAUGUUGAACUUCUCAAUGAGGAGAAGGUCAAAUUGGAAUCUGAUAUUGAAUUUCUCAAUGAAGAAAAGUCUGAAUUUAUUCGGUCCGUGACGUCUGAUGUUAAUGAAUCUUUUUAUGAACGUGAGAAGACAUUGGCUGAGAAUGAAAAAAUGUUUAUAGAGCUUAAAGAGAUGAACCAAACAUUGGUUGCCAAGGAACGGUUCUACACUGAAGAGCUUCAGGAAGCUCGUCAAGAACUUAUCAAGCAAAUGGAGUCAGAAAAGCCAACCAAAAGUAAGGUGAUUGGAGUAAAGAGAAUGAGAGGAGAUCAAGUGCUCUGGAAUUUUAAGGAGAAGAAGAGAGCCACACUGAAGGAUGUGAUUAGUUAUCGGUUGAGCCGUAAAAGUAGAAAAAACAGACCAAUACAUGAGCCUUAGAAUCUCUCUUGUCUAUACACAUUGAGGGUAGGAAGAACCGAAGAAGGGAUAUGACAAAAGGAAAAGUGCCUUCUGCUGGGAUUCCUAACCAGUAUAGGGAAUUUGCGAAAAUUUGGAUUCUAGGAGUGUAGUUGGUAUUAAGAGAAUGGGAGAGUUAGAUUCGAAACCAUUUGGGUAUGCAUUAAAUGACAGGUGUCUGUCAUCUUUGACGAAUCAAGUUUCCUCUUUUGUUCAAAGACCAAGCUUGCCAUAUUAAAAUUACCUGUAUUGAUGGGCAUCAGGGGAUGAUCGACGAAGAAAAUAAAGAAUGGAUAAGGUAUGAAGCAUAUUUUGCAGUUGUCAGUGGACUUCUGGAGAUCAAUGAGGGCAACCCAAGUGGUACGAGUCCUGGUCAAUAACUUAUUUACUACAGGACGUCGGGACCGAUUAUUCACAAGCGGCGGGUUAUCAAGCAAUAUGCAAAAAUAUUUACUCAAGAACCUGGAAAUCUUCACCCAGGGGCCUUUUCUCCGUCAAUUCCAACAAACAAAUCUUCAAUGGAAUCCAAUCAAGACAUCCCAGCAGCCAAUUUCCCACACACAGCCUUGUGAAACUUGCAUGUUCCACCAAAAAUGUGCCUCUUUUUCUGGACUGUUUCUCUAAACAAAAUACCAAGACUCUUUACCAGUUCACCUGGCUUAAACAUGAUCAUCUAGAGGCAUUUUUUGCAGGCCCUGCAAAAGAAGUCUGGGAUAUGGUCCGCACUGCAGUUGGGCUAUAUAGUCUGAGCAAGAUAAAAAAGAGUUUUUAAGGUAAAAUCCGUCGCACUUCCAGGUGAGUAUGGAGGGCCAAGUCAUCUCACCUCUUCUAUCUUGGGACUGGUGCUUUCAACAGAAACUUCAUUUAUUGAGAAUUCUCAACGCUAGUCUCCUCUUCAUUUAUAUGGACUAUCCCCUUUGCUUGUUUCUAUUUUCUGCCACGGCUUUUCCUUGUUGUAUUUACCAUGUAAUUGUUACUUUUUCUUCUGUAAAAAACCAAGCAAGGUAAGAAAACACAAGUCAGAAACCCAUGUCUGC